AUGGCUUCGUUAUUGAAGCGCAAGAGAGCUCCAGUGGAGGUGAUGGAUACGCCCAAGCCAUCUAAAGCUGUCAAAACAAAAUCCGGGACUCCUUUGCGAAACUCCAUUCAAAAUCCAACCUGGGAGGCAGCUUUUGAUCCACCGCCUGCAACAGAAUUGGUGAAGAUCGAGACCCCUAAUGGAGACAACAAAGGGGCGAAUGGGCACCCACAAUCACCAGAGUCGGUCGAGUACGAAGACUUCGUCACGAACGGUUCUAAGGAAAAUAAUGUGGUGGGAGGAAGCACUGGGAGGAAGAUGAAGAGGAAGGGAAGAGUGGACAAGCCAACCGUAGAACAGACCGUUGAAACCUCAAAGAAGCAAUUGCAAAGCCGUUCAAAAUUACCUGCUUUGGUCAGUACGUUCAAGAAGACUGGUCAGGAGCCUUGGAAACUUUCGUCCUCGAUUGGUGGCCGAAUGAUCAACGCAGAUCCGAUUUUUACUCGAGACGAGAAGUUUAUUAUAGUUGCACAUUUUGGGGCUGUGCAUGUCUAUUCAACUGCAAACUCGCUCCUCACGCGGUCAAUCAAGUUGAAGCUCAACGAGUUAACCGAAAUUCCCCCACGGAUCAUUGCUUUCUGCCUGUCACCAACCAAUCCAAACAUACUAUGGGUUGCAUGUUCAGAUGGAUCUGUUUACAGCAUCGAUUGGAGUUCUGGUGUUGGGUCUGAGCAAUACUGGGGUGUGUCUUCAACAGGAUGUAUUCAUAUGACUGUAGCGUCCAUGGAAUCUGCAGAUCGACGACGGGAUGUCGUGUUCACGACCGAGGCGCGAAAGGAUGGAGGCUUCAGAAUUACGGCAAACGAGUUGGCUCCACCAGACAGCUCAAUCCAAACAGCCGCCAGAACCAUAUACACCUCUAACCAGCGAAUAGACUUUCUGAAGACAGCGAGGGAAGGUUCAGUCAUAGUGGCGGCUUCUGGGAGUAAGGUUCUGGUGGGACGUCUCCGAUCAACCGAAUAUGACACCAUCGAUAAAUUGCGAUAUGAGUUCCGAGUCUUCGAAUCAUCCGACGCUAUCAAAACUCUAGAUAUUCGCGUGACCCAGAGACCUGGGGCAGAAGACAUGAAAAAGGCAAAUCCACUCAAGAAGAUUCCGGUUGUUGACUUGGUUAUUGGGGAUGUCAGAGGUGUCAUUUUUGUGCAUAAUGAUCUGUUUCCAAAGAUUUGGAUUGGCUCAGAGGGGCAGAUGUCUGGUGUUAGUCUUGCACUUGCCCCGAGGAAGCUUCAUUGGCAUCGACAAGCAGUGCAUACUACCAAAUGGUCCUUAGAUGGCAACUACAUUAUUUCUGGUGGUACUGAAACCGUCCUCGUACUUUGGCAAUUGGAUACUGGAAAGCAGCAGUUCCUGCCACACAUGGCAGCAACCAUACAGAACGUUGUAGUCUCGCCAAGCGGAACAUCGUACGGCGUUCAGCUCGCAGACAACUCAGCAAUGGUCUUGUCCACGUCUGAGCUGAAGCCAAUUGUCAACAUUGCAGGAGUUCAAACAUGUGUCGUCGAGACCGAGCCUUCUAUCGAAUCGCAGGUUGAACGACUCGAAGAAGGCUUUUGGAAGCAGCCAUUAGUGCAAAGAACGCCUGCAGUAAUCAGUCCUACCAAUACUUCACAACUUCUCCUCGGCGUCGGGAAAACUCAAUUGGUCCGAGCCAAAAAGCCACUGAUUCUAAGCAACCCAUUUCUUCAAACGCUUGACCUGGGUUCUGGUCACAAUCUAUCACGCCAGGCUUUGACGAGGACGAAUAUCACAAGCGUAAACGCAGCCCCUGGUUUGCACCGCAUCACAGAGCCGAGAAUCACACAUAUGAAGAUUUCCCACGAUGGAGACUGGCUCGUAACAGUUGACGAGUGGAUGCCGCCGCCAAGAAAUAUCCAUGCAAGUAAGCGUCAUGAAGCAGAUCUCAUCGAGCGCCAACCAAGGAGGGAGGUGUUCUUGAAGUUUUGGCAAUGGAACUUGGAGAGCUCAUCUUGGGAGCUGGUAUCGAGAAUAGACGCUCCUCAUAGUUCUACCGGGGAAUCGGGAGACGCGGGGAGGAUUCUGGACCUUGCUGUUGAUCCAAGCUCGUUACGAAUUUCAACCAUCGGCGAGGAUGGCAUAGUUCGCAUAUGGACCACGAAGACUCGGAAGCGGGAUGGAGUCGUCGUUCGCGGAAAAGACAAUAAGUCUUUGAGGAAUUGGAAUUGCGAAUUUGCAGUUGCCCUUGGCAAGGCAGAGCUUUUAGACGGUGCUGACACCCCUGCGCCUUCAGGAUGUGUUGCAUUUUCCGAAGACGGAUCGAUUCUGGCUGCUGCUUGCAACAGUAAUGAUGGUCUUGUACACUUCAUGGACCCGGACUCUGGCACCAUCCGCCUCUCCCAAACUGGCCUUUUCGAGGAUGAGAUAAUCGGUAUCUCAUUCCUCGGCCAAGAUCUCAUUACUCUCUCCGAUAAACUCAUCGUCUUUGAUCUCGUCUCUGAAGAAGCUCGUAUCAUCAUUAAAGCUAGCGAGGCCACCAGGUCUCUCUCUACCCGCCAGAAGCAAGAGAUGAUGCACCUCUCCGUCGACCCAAGAAGCCGCACCUUCGCCGUUGCCCUCCCUAUCAUCCGCGACCCAUCCUCCCUUCGCACCGCCACUUCGGAACUUAUCGUUUUCCACCAAGACACGCGAGAGCCUCAACUCAAGGAAGCUUUUUCGACACUCAUCACUGCUCUACUUCCCGCUCUCAGCUCUGAUGGUUUCUUCAUCAUCGAUACCGCUGCGGAGAUCUUCUCUGUCAUCAAGAAGGGAACACAGAACAUCACUAUGCUCGCGCAAUCUACUUCAGCACUGCAGCUCGAUGCAGCUGAAGAAACCGCUGACAUCAUGCCGCUCGAUCAAGAUGAUGAUGAUUUCGAGGACGCGGAGGAAUAUCCCACACCUGCUCCUACGCAAGACGGUGAGGAGGAUGAGGAGAAUGAUACUCCUGUUGUGCCGCAGCAGAAAUUAGCAGAGAUUUUCAACAUCGGACCAGCGUUCGCGCUGCCGCCACUAGAAGAGAUGUUCUACCAGGUUGCGGAUUUGUUUGCGGCAAAACCGCUGAAGAAGGAGUUCGUUUGA